AUGUCGGAGCCUGAGCCAGACGGCCCUCGGCAGCUGGACUUGGCCUCCCAGCCUCAGAAGGUCAAGCAGACCGUGCAAUGGUGGGAAGUGGGAGAUGCACACCAGCACACCUUCACACCAUCAUACCAGCACACCAGUAUACCUCCACACAAGCACACCUUCACACCAGCACACCAGCAUACCUUCACACCAGCACACCUUUACACCAGCACACCUUCACACCAGCACACCAGCAUACCUUCACACCAGCAGACCUUCACACCAGCAUACCUUCACACCAGCACACCAGCACACCGUCACACCAGCACACCUUCACACCAGCACACCUUCACACCAGCACACCAGCAUACCUUCACACCAGCAGACCUUCACACUAGCACACCUUCAUACCAGCACACCUUCACACCAGCAAACCAGCACACCUUCACACCAGCACACCAGCACACCUUCACACCAUCAUACCAGCACACCAGUAUACCUCCACACAAGCACACCUUCACACCAGCACACCAGCAUACCUUCACACCAGCACACCUUUACACCAGCACACCUUCACACCAGCACACCAGCAUACCUUCACACCAGCAUACCUUCACACCAGCAUACCUUCACACCAGCACACCAGCACACCGUCACACCAGCACACCUUCACACCAGCACACCUUCACACCAGCACACCAGCAUACCUUCACACCAGCAGACCUUCACACUAGCACACCUUCAUACCAGCACACCUUCACACCAGCAUGCCUUCACACCAGCACACCUUCACACCAUCAUACCAGCACACCAGUAUACCUCCACACAAGCACACCUUCACACCAGCACACCAGCAUACCUUCACACCAGCACACCUUUACACCAGCACACCUUCACACCAGCACACCAGCAUACCUUCACACCAGCAGACCUUCACACCAGCAUACCUUCACACCAGCACACCAGCACACCGUCACACCAGCACACCUUCACACCAGCACACCAGCAUACCUUCACACCAGCAGACCUUCACACUAG